AGGGUAUAGAAAAUGUUAAAUCAGAGAUGGAUGAAACUCUCGCGAGUCCUCUUAUCGACCCAGUUCAUGGACACGGUGGGUAUGUGAUAUGAGAUUAUUUUUAUAUUACGCCUAAAUAUUGUCGUAGCAACUUCUAUUAUUAAUAACUGAUUACAGUUCAUAUAUAUUUCAGCUGACCCAUAGUCUAAUAACAUACUCUGAAUUACAGUGUUCUCUAAUUUUAAGCCAAAGUCUGGUGAAUCUAAUGCUAACUGGAUACGCCGUGUCUCAUAUUUGGGACAUGGAACGAGAUAUUGGUGGACUAAGUAUGUCAUAACACUUACUGUAUAUUUAUAAUAUACUGUACUUGUUUUUAGUUAUAUAUAUAAUAAAUCUCUGUGUGUUUGAAAAACGUUCCACCAGUGACGGAUAAUUCUGUAGUAUACAAUUUUUCUGAAAGUUAACUUUUUAAUAGAAUUAAAGGGAAUCCCAAAACAAUCAAAUAUUGGUUUCCUAUCCUUACUGGAGUCGAUGCGUUAUUGUGAGGUAUUUAAAUAUAUGGGUUUAGUCACAGUUUCUAUCUAGGCCACGUAACAUACAGUAGCUUGGUGAAAUGAAAAUGAUGCAGGAAAAUAAAAUUUAGGUAUAAUUUGAUGAUAUUUUCAGUUGUCCUACUUUUUGUUUAAGGUUGGCAGUUUCUUUAAAUGUCCAAAAGAUCCAAUAUGGUUACUUGCCAGCGAGACUCAUAUAACAGUUCUGUUCACUAAGGUAGGCGUCUAGUGAACAUGGUGUAAUGUACUCAGAGUAACAUCACAAGCAUCAUAUUCACCUGAGUACAUUACACCAACACAGAAAAAUCAUGAUUAUUAUUAGAUAACAUUGAUAUCGAAGGAACUAGAUUCUGUUCCGAAAUAUCACAUACUCGAACCGACCAGACCGCUCAGUUGACAGAGCAUUGGGCUAGUAUUCCAAAGGUCGUAGGUUCGAUUCCCACCGUGGUCAGGCAUAUUUUUCAAGCUUGCCCGGUGUGGAUAUACACUCAGAGUAACAUCACAAGCAUCAUAUUCACCUGAGUACAUUACACCAACACAGAAAAAUCACGGUCUGUUGUACUUGAAAAAUUCAAUUACAAGAUUUUUUGCGCGAUCGAAGCGACUUUUUCCUUUGUCGGCGUCGUUUUUGCUGUCGUGAUUAGCGAUACCGACAAUUGGGAGGAAAAAGUCCCUUCCCACGAAGAAAUUUGCCUAGUCAAAAACCAGCCUUGCGUACGCGAUGUGAUUUAAGCCGCCCGAUAAAAAAAAUCGAACAAUAUCAAAACAAUUGAACAAUAUCAUUGGCUUAUCUGUUGCAUAUUACGAUGAUACAGCGGUAGUAACUAACACAAAACUCGUCUUCUUUCAUAAUAGGAGAACGUCGAUCGUAAACGACCUGUCGAUAACGCCAUAAGAAUAUUUCAGGCAUUUGACACUCAAGGUAGCAAAAUUUAUAAUUCAUCUCAGUCUUCAUAAAUAAAUGUAAUUUAACGCAGGCACAUGAAUGUUAUAUUACUUAUUUCCCACCUAAUAUUCAUUACAGAGAAUGGCUUUAUUGAACGAAACAAAUUAAAAGAUGUAUUAGAAGCACUGGAACUAGAGUCAGACCCAGACUAGUAAGUAAGCUAUUGAUACAGUACUUUAUUCGCACUUAAUUUCGCGCGGCUUUAUUUUCGCGAUUGUAAAAAAAACGCGAAAUUAAAAUCGCGCGAAUAAAAAGCCUCGCGGAAUUUGCACACGCGAAAUUAAAUACCCUAGUCAAAAAUGUGAAUCAUAAAAUUCUUGAAAAAUAUGAUCAUAAUUUUGCCCUGUUGUCGGCAAUAAAGAUGAGCAAAAACGUUAUACGGACUACCGUAUACAAACAACAAACAGUAUAUACCUUAUGUUGACUUGUUCCGAAAGUUGUAGUUCAGAUUUAUGUAGAAAAUAAAAUGUUGUUCCGAAAGCUUUCGCGAAAUUUAAUGCCCUUUUUCUAUUUUUACUUAUCAAAAUCGCGAAAAUAAAAUCUCGCGAAAUAUUGCGAAGAUAAAGUCUCGCGAAAUAUUGCCCCUGAAAAAUUGCAAAAUUAUGUAUACGAAUAAGAUAGUAGAGUGUGAAUCCCGCUUUUGUCGCCAUUUUUUGCGCGUAAUUUUUUCCCUCUGUCCGUACGACUUCGAAUUAAUUCCUUGUGUUUUUUUGCUUUUCAAAAUGUAGUGUUAGUUUUAUGGAGUCGUGUUUGGAUCCAGAUUCUUCAGGGAUUAUUUUACUUCACACUUUCUUGCAAAUGUUUUACCCAAAAGAGGUUUGUAGAG